AUGGCCCUCCGGAACAUCGUACUUGCAGGUGUAAGCGGCAACCUUGGCCCCGCCAUCCUCACUGCCAUCUCCUCCUCGCCAUCCUUCGCAGUGACCGUCUUCACCCGAUCAGGCUCCUCGCCCACGGUGCCCUCCGGCGUCAAAACAGUCGAAGUGAACUACGACUCUAUUGACGACCUGACAGCCAAGCUGUGGGGCCAAGACGCAAUCCCGCUGCGCAAACGAAUCUCAUCCACGCAGCCGUCGCUGCGGGGGUUCCACGCUUCCUCCCCUCUGACUUCGGGGGGAGAUUUGGACAACCCGAUCAACCGGGCGGCGCCAACCUUUGCUGCUAAGGUUGAAGCACAGGAGCUACUAAACUCCCUAGCUACGGAAGGGAAAAUUACCUACACGGUUGUCUAUACCGGAUGGUUCCUGGACUGGGGAUUCCGGGUUGGGUUUCCGGUUGACCCGCGUAACAAGACGGCUACGUUGCAUGAUGGUGGAGAGAGGCUGUAUACCACUACCACCCUAGGCGGUGUUGGGAAGGUUGUUGUGGGCGUCCUGAAUCAUCCCGAGGAAACGAAGAAUCGGGUCGUGAGGGUUGGAGAGGCCGUCACGACAAUCAAGGAGCUGCUGGCCCUGUCGCAGGAGCUUGUGGGAGGUGAGGGGUGGACGAUUACUAAACCUGAUACGGCGGAGGAGGCUGAGAAGGCGGUUGUGAAGAUUAAGCAGGGGGUGUUUACGCUUGAUACGUUGAUGCCGUUUGUUUAUAGGGCUGCUUGGGGGAAGGACACUGGGGGUCAUUUUACCACCACGGAUAAUGAGUUGCUUGGGCUUGAGGUGCUCGACAAGGCGGGUCUGAAGAAGCUUAUUCAGGAUAUUGUUGGUGGGAAAUAA